AUGGGCUACAAUAAUCACUACCGAUCGGUUUCGACCAACGAUGCGGCCUUUGCUGCGCUCCCUGAGAAAGGCCCGGUGAGAGCCGGUUGGGGUAAACAGUCCAUCUUCCUGUCAAUCGCGACGGGCACGCUUUUCAUUGCCAUCGUGGCCGCCGUCCUCUCCAUGAUCUCAUCCGUCUUCGUUUCUCACGACACCUCCUCCCAAGCAGUCGCCAGCUCGACCGCCAGUGCCGCCGCCGUUGUCGCCAGCACAUCUCUUACCUCAGCGACCCCCGUUGCGACUCCCAUUGUCGACGACGAUUCAUUAAAGACCGUCGAGGACUCGAAAACGCCUGAGGCCCCGAUACAGAAUUGCGGAAAUACCCCCGAUGAAGCAAGAGCAAAUGGCUGCGUCUUUGAUGUCAUGAUGCAACUCUGGACGCCUGCCGACUGUUUCGACGAAGUCCUGUCAAACCGGUUCCUCGAGGUCGGCAACUGGACCUGGUAUGCCGAUCCCGGCGCCAGUCACAUUUACACCCUGGAGGAAAUGAGAAAGGGCGAACACGACGCGGUCUACGUCGCGCAGGACUAUCACGUCACCCAUUGCAUUUACGCGUGGGAGAAGCUGGUCCGUGCCAUGCGCAACCAGGAACCGCUCAUCACCGAACUCAUCUCCUACGACCAUGUCAUCCACUGCCGCCACAAGACUCUCCAGAGACAAGACGGAGGCGCCUCAAUCCGUGGCGUCCGCGCACCAACUGGAUGGACACAAUGCGCCCCAUACGCCACAUGGAUCAAUCACCUGCCUCCCAACGAGCAUUCUUCAGUCGACUGA